UAUCAAUUAACAUGGAUGAUCGUUUGAUCGAAUUACAUAAAGUACAAGCAUGGUUAUCUAGAUGUCUGGCAGACAGGACUCAUUUUAAUUGAACAACUCCAACUCCUCUUAGGAUGAUGAUUUUAUGCCUCAAUUCUUUCAGAAAAUAAAAAAGGCACUAUAGUGUUUAGAGAGAAUCAAAGAAAAUAAUAAUAGAAUGUAGGAGAUGUCAAUGAAGUAUGCUAGAGCAACUACAUCAAAUGUAGAAAAAGGUAUUACCAUCAUCUGAUCUGAUUAGAGUUGUCGCGAGAAUUAGAGUAAAUUAUGGCCUAAAAUUAACAAUAUAGUAAAGAAUUAAAAGAUGCAAUGAAUGAUAUAAAAGAAGAUGUUGAAAGAAGUGAAAGAGAUUAAUCAGUAACCAAUUUGCAUUAUAAGAGGAUCAACCUGAAACACAAAUGAAAAUCAAUCAGAGAAAUGCAUUAACUAGUAAAGUUCAAGAAGUUUUGCAUGCUUCUUCUCAAAUUUCCAUUAAAUACAAGACUUGUGUUAGAGAGAAAAUUAGGAGGUAAACGAAGAUCUUAGAUGAAAACGCCUCCGAAGAGUUUUUAGAUGAAAUAUGCAAUGAUCCAUAAGUAUGCGAAUUUUAACGAAUAUCUAACUAGAAAGCAACAUAAUUAUUACAAGGAAAACUCUAUGGAGAAGCUCCUUCUGCUAUUCUCACAAAUACUGUCUCAGAUAUAUAGGAGAAAUACAAAGAUAUACAAUAGUUGGAAAGAGUAUUUUCUUUAAUUAUUAAUUAGUCUGUUUAAUUAGUAUAUUAACUAUUUGUUGAUUUAGCUAUCUUAGUUCAUGCUUAAGGCUAAUAGAUCGAUAACAUAGAAAUUAAUCUUGACUCAGCUAAAACUUAUGUCGGCAAGGCAGAAAAAAGUCUUGUGGAUGCAAAGGAAGAUCAUCAAUCAGCUAAAAAGGUAUAUACCCAUUUCAUGAAUUUUAGAAAAUAUGUUGUAUUAUCUUAAUUGGUGUAGUAAUUUUAGCAGUAAUUAUAGGACCAGUUGUUGCGACGUCAUGAAUUUAUAUUAACAAGUUAUUU